GAACUGAGCCCAGGCUCCGCCCAAGGCGCGCGCGGGAGGGCGGGCGGGCGCACGCGCACGGACGCCGAGCGGGUUGCUAGGCGACAGGGCGCUUCCCUAGUUACCCGGCUGAGGAGGAGGAGGAGGAGGAAGAAGAGGUAGAAGAGCGAAGGAGCCGCCGAGAACGGGAGGAUGAAGGCUCCUCAGUGCCUGUGCCAGAUUUGCACCUGCGGGUAAGCCAGUUUCCAGAUGGGGGGCCCGAGGGCUGGCGGGGCAGCAUGACGUCAUACCCACGGAGUUAACCCCCCCCAUAAAAGGGUCACAGACCCUCCGCUCUUGCGACUCGGCUCCCUCGCGGUCCCUUCACACGUGACGCGUGCCCUACACGGGUGUGCGCGAGAAACCGAGCGAGGCGCGUCUAUUUUCACUUAGCGUGCCCCUGGGCUAAGGGGAGAAAUGGGGUUCAAAUUAAUCCACACACACACACUGACACAUCCCCAACCACAGCCCUGAACUUCCCCGGGAGACCUUGGGCCUGUCAUUAUAUCUCCGUGUGACCUACCUCACAGGGUUGUUGUGAGUGUAAAAAGUGGACCGGGAUUGGGGACACAGAUAAUAAUGAGCUCCUGCGGCGAUAAAGAUGGAAUAACUAUUUGUCAAGCUUUGCAGGCAGGCAGAGUCCCAGAUCCAGCCCCCUGCCUCUCUAGGCAGGGCUGGGAAAGGCACCUGCCUAAAAUCCAGGUCUGCUGUCAGUCAAUGUAUAUACAACAUUGAAUUAGUUGGGCUGUUGGUCAGAGUCAGUACAAGCCAGCCUUCUGUGUUCCCAAUAAUGAUCCUAACAAUGAACUUUUUAUAUGUCCUGUCCUUCCUCCCAAGUUGCUCUGAGUGGUUUCGAUGGGGGUGGGAGGGGAGUUACCUUACCUUACGGGACUUACAUGAGGAGAAAAUGGGAGUAAGGUUGAGAACGUGAGUAGCCCAGGCUGUGUCCAGAUUAUCACGGUUUUCAGGUGGGUUUCAAUCACACACCAGCAAUUUGGGGGUGCACUAUUAAUGCUGAUUUGGAGCUCUUGCAAAACAAACAAACUUCGUUGAAAGGUUGGAUUUUUGCAAUAAAGAAAGUGAUGGGGGGGGAGAGAUGCACUGUAAAGUGUGAGAGAACACUUGAUGCAAUGUUGUUCAAUCUCCCCACAAACAAAUCAGGGUGAACGCUCAAUAAGCAGGGUAUGUGGAAGUGCCCCCAGGGAGCUUCAUUGGGAAAUUGUAGCCUGAAGAAUUGAUAGUGGGCUGCAACACCCAUGAACCCAGCCAGCAUAGAUAAUGUUCAUGGAUGAUGGGAGUUGUAAUCCUCACCUUCUGCAGGGUACCACAUUGGCUUCCUUGCCAAUAGUCCUAACAUCUGAAAGCAGUGUAGUUUUCAGAUGUGGUGCACUAAGGAGCCAGUGUGGUGUAGUAGUUAAGAGCGAUAGACUCGUAAUCUGGGGAACCGGGUUCGCUUCCCCGCUCCUCCACAUGCAGCUGCUGGGUGACCUUGGGCCAGUCACACUUCUCUGAAGUCUCUCAGCCUCACUCACCUCACAGAGUGUUUGUUGUGGGGGAGGAAGGGAAAGGAGAAUGUUAGCCGCUUUGAGACUCCUUCAAGUAGUGAUAAAGCAGGAUAUCAAAUCCAAACUCUUCUUCUUCUUCUUCUUCAAAGCCCAACUCAGACAUGAAGCAUGCCUGCAGCUAGUUGCUUUAAUUUUGCAGCUUAAUCUGUCCUACAGGGUUGUUGUGGGGAUAAAAGAGUGAGGAGGUGACCUUGUCUGCCACUCUCAGCUCCUUAGAGAAAGGGCAAGUUAAAAGAAACAGCAACAUUGAAGAUCCACUAAGAGGGACUCCACAGGACAGCUCCAUGUAUUACAAUAGCUAUUGGAAACACUUCUGUUUCUUCACGUCAAACUUUACUCAGCGUGUGGGCAUAACCCACAUAAGCUCAUACAUCUUUAAGCACCAAUGCUCUUGUGUAUGUAUCUGAGGAAACUGGCACUCAUAAUGUAUGUAUGCCCUUAGGUAGCAAUCAUAUUUUUCACUGGCAUUGGAGUGUUUCCCACCACAAGCACAUGAAGUGUGAGCACCUGAUGAGAGGUCUCAAAAUACAUCAGGGAACCAUGUCCUCGGCCAGGGUGCAACUGGCACUGGCAACGGAGAAUAAUAGCAGAUGGGGUGAUUUACUGUCCCUCUCAAGGAUCUGGCAGUACCUGUUCCAUAUGGUUCAGCAAAUUCCAAAUGAUGUGUCAGGACAUGCUUGAAUGCUAUGAGAAAACAGCAUGUGUGCCAUGUGGCUUUGAUGAGUACCGUAUACAACAGUAAUAAUCCCUGGAAUAGGCAUCUGUGUUUUUUCUACCAUUUUGGCCAGGGCUCCUCCCACUGCUGGAAUGGUAGAUCUCUUGCAUCUAGUGUAAUUGGUUGACAUAGACACUUCUGAGCAGAUGGAGUAAAAUUACUCACCCUUAGAGGAGGCUGCCUGUUGCAUCUCUUUCUGAGUCAUCACUCACUCUAGGCUUGCUUCCUUUUGCUCAGGAGGUAGGUCUAGAAAUAACAGCAGCCAGCUUUAAUGAGCUAACCUAGACAUGACAUUAAAUGUAUUUCUGCAUUUAACAGGUACAUUUGUUAAAAUACAAAUAGCACAUGCUGUUUUGGGGGCUGGUUAUUAUAGGCAUGUGGGUGGGGGAAAUUUGCCCUUUCCUCCCCUUCUGUAUUUCUGAUAAAAUUCCUUUCUCUGAAAGUGCUCUUUGCAUUGCGAGAAAAUCCCUCAUGGACGCCAAUUCUAUUUGCAUUUUUUAAAAGUAAAUAUGCUGGAAGCCACCCAGAGUGGCUGGUGCAACCCAAUCAGAUGGGCGGGGUACAAAUAAUAAAAUUAUUAUUCUUAUACUUAAAUUUUAAAUGCAAAUUUGCAAUUUAACAUCACAUCUAGCUAUUCAGUUGUACUCUUACAUGUUCCAAAUGUGAGCCUUCUGGUGCAUAUGAAUGAAGCGUGCCUUGCAUUUUACACACACAAAGUACGUAUAUCUUAGCCCACUAGUGUUCCAUGGAACUCAAAACUCCAUUUAUACAUUUCUCAGCCAAGAGGCAUAUCUGGAUUAGGGCCAUUUUUGGAAAUACAAAGAUGUGUAGUAUAUUGCGAACAACCUCAGAAAUGUGGCUGUUACUGGGGAAGUGAUUGAAUCCUGCGCUUAAAUGGAACAUAUGCUAUGAAUUCCUCAAGUGGUUACAAACUUCUCUGUUGUACUGGCAUCUAUACCACUUCAACUGGCUCCAAGAAAAAAAAUAUUUUUAAGCCCCCUCUUGAGCCACCUCAGGUACAAUCUACACAGUUUUAUGAACAAUAUUUGUGUUUUCAUUUUGAGGUAAGUUGAUCCUUCCAGUGGAUAGUGGCUUAGGACUUAGCUAGGAGGCAGCAGGAGACAAGUCUCUUGAAACUUUCUUCUUGAGCCCAGAGGGCUUGUGUUUCUCUUGACACUAGCCUUCAAGCCACAUGGCUAGCUGUUUUUGAAACAGAUGAACACUUUUGAAAGCAGUUUGGGCAUCAGCUGCUCAAAGAGAGGGAGGGAAGCUUUUACAGUUUCGAAGUGCGAGCCUAAGCAGCCCUUUGGAUCCUGGCCAAUCUAAACUUUGGAUGACAUGACACUGGAGGAGGCAAAGGAGCUUCAAGCCAAACAAAGCUGUUUCCAAGUUCUGCAAUGAAACACCACAGAACAAAGGCCCUGUGAAACAAGCCUACAAACAAAUGGUUUACAAAAUGUACAUUGCCAACAAUUUUGUGGUCAAUAAACUCUCAAGCAGAUAUUGAUGUAGGCAGCGAACUGAAUUUGCUUUGCUUUUGCAACAGCACUUCAGGUUUCAAUGGGAGGACUUGUCGCUUGGAUCUUGUUACCUGGGGAGUUAAGCCAUACACACAUUAGGGUUACCAAGAGGAAAAGAAACAACAGGAAAAUAUAUAGGUGGCUUGUUCUUUUGCUUCUACACAGAGACUCUACUUCUGCCCUAAUCCCCAAACAUUAUAAUUAUUUAGCACAGUUGGGGACAUUGACAUUCACAGGAUAAUGUGUCAGCGCUAAGAGGACUGUAUUCUUUCAUAUGAUAAACACUAGCAUUUACUUGGAAACUGAUGAAGGUGUAAGGCAUCUAGAUUUUCUUUUCUCCGUUGCAAAUUACUUCUUCGCCGUCUGUUGAUGCUUUCUUUGUAUAAUGGUGAUUUAGUUCAGCAGUUCACCACAAACCAAAAGCAUACAUGUGUGUGGCACAUAUAUACCCUGUGCUCCUAUCAUUUUAUUGCCUAAGCAUAUCCACAUUAUAGACUUAGGCUACAAACCCAUGCACAUUGGCUUGGAAGCAAGCCUCAUUGAACUCAGUGGGGCUUAUUUCUAAGUAAACUUGUAUAGAAUUGUACUGUUGAACUAGCUUAACAUCCUUCCCUCUUUCCUGAGAACAUUUGGAAUUAAAGUUUUGUGUUGAGUCUACGAAUCCGUAAUAAAGACUUAAUACACUUUCCCAACUUCAAUUCCCAUAAUUUUUUGUAGGAAAGAUAUGGCAUGGAACAUCAAAUAAAACAUAGUAUACAAGUUUGUGAUGUAUGCCUUUUCAGUUUUCACAAAUUAAGGGACACGGUACUCCGUUAAUCAUGCAGACAAUCACGACAGUCUGUUAUUCUAGUACAGUACAUGACCAGAUAUUAAAAUGUAAUCUAGGAUAUAAUUACACAACUUUUUUUUUUUAAAGCUUUUUGUGAGCAGUAAAGGCAGCCAGUUUGUUUGCAGGGUGCAAGGCAUGGCCAAAGUUUGCAGAAGGAAAUUUCAGAGGCAGGUUGUUUUUUAAAACCACAAAAAUGUUCCUGUAACUGCAUUUGUGCAAAAUAAGUGUUGGAUCCCUUACAGCUCUCUUAGGAAUAUAAAUAUGUGCUGCCUGGUUUGAAAUGAUACAUUCUGAACCUGAACCAGGUAUCAAUUACAGCUGAGCAUAGGAUGUUUCCAUAAUAAGAUGUAAACACUUAAUUUAUUUUGUAUGUGUGUUUUUUUAAAAAAAAAUCCCUUAUGAGUUGCAGAACUAGUGCUUAAAAGAAUAUCUCUUCCUUAUAUGCACAGCCAAGAACUAGAGUGCCUUCACAAUACAAAUGUCAAUUAGACAUGCUUUUUUCCCUUCAGAAACACUGAACUAUCCAAGCAAUAGCUAGACUCACUCACAGUCAAUAUCCAAGAGCCAUGUUUGUUCAUUAAAUGGGAACACAGAAUAUAUAACUCCUUCAUUUGUCUCCUUUUAGUAUUUGCUAGCUUCUAUUAGUCAUACGCCUAUCACAGUCACAUUGCUCUACAUUUUGCCCCUUUCCCACUGAUCAGGAAAAAAGAUAACGCCCCUGCAGAGAGAUGUCUAUAAGUGGGGUCUCCUUAGGAACAUAAGAAUUGCUUGCUGGACCAGCAAAGGUGUCCGAUACCCAACAGAUUCUAGAUAGAUGCUCCUAGGGGUUUCCCCUGUCCCAGCUCUCAGCCCCAGCAUUUGCUGUUUUCUUUCGGUAUUUGGCAAUCCCAUUAACUAUCAUGGAUUUUCCCUUUACGCCUUGGCCUCAGUCAUUUUGGAGGCCGGAGCAGGGAUGCCGGCCCUCGCCUCUGUCCUUCUUGCGGACAGCCUCAAUGGAGGCUGAACAGGAGGGUUCAGCCUUGUCACCUAGAAUCAGUCACCACCUUCGCAGAUGGGAGCAGAUCCGUGCACCCGAUGGAGGGCAUGCUUGCAAUCUUGACGUUCCCAUACAGCAUGAGUGAGCAUGCAUCAUUUUAAAAAGCUGGUGGAAGGGGUGGGGGGAAUUGUAGGGACAUCUGUGUCACGAUCUUGUCCUGCUCCUAAAUCCUGAAUCGUGAUUCCUGAGCAUGUCAAGCCUGUACCAUUACUUGCCUGACUAAAGCUAUCUUCCUUAUAAGUAAGAGCCUUUGCAUGUACAGUGGUACUCGGGUUAAGUACUUAAUUCGUUCUGGAGGUCCAUUCUUAACCUGAAACUGUUCUUAACCUGAAGCACCACUUUAGCUAAUGGGGCCUCCCGCUGCUGCCGCGCCGCCAGAGCACGAUUUCUGUUCUCAUCCUGAAGCAAAGUUCUUAACCCGAGGUUCUAUUUCUGGGUGAGCAGAGUCUGUAACCUGAAGCGUCUGUAACCUGAAGCGUAUGUAACCCGAGGUACCACUGUACUAGACAGAAGUCAGGACAUGCAAAAACAAACAAACAAAAUAACUUACGCAUAGGAAGUUAGCAUGUCAAGAAGACCUGUUGAUUUCUUUUUCAGGGAGAAAAAAACCCCAUUCCACAUACACUUUUGCAGCUAGAUGAUCUGAGCAGCGUUUUAGGAAAGCUUGAUGAUUUUCUAAAUUGGCCUAGACUUUGGGGUAGGAGUUUGAGCCAUUCACAAUGAGGGCUUGCUGGUGUGUUUAGGCGCUGAUUAUUGGAUAAAUGUCUGAGGAAGACCUUUGGGACUGGAGGAGCAAGGCAAAUUAAAUCCUUUGACCUAUGCUGGUGGCGUAUGUAAGAAUUGCUACUAGUAGUAGCAGUAGUAACCAUCGACAUUGUGGCAGAAAGGUCACAGUGCCUCACACGAAUGGUUUAAAAAAGAGAUGAUAAUAAAUUCAGCAGAGAUAUUCAGAGAGUGUGAUGGAACAAAAGACCAGCUAGUCCAAGGCUUUGCUCUCGGGACCAACUACCCACCAGCCUUUCAAUAGUACUACUCUGCAACCCAAACAUAUACCAUACCUCAGUUAGGGAACAUUAGCAGGAAGGUGGCAGCAGAGAGAAUGGCUCAAGUGAACUACCCAAGUCACACUUUAAGAGUAAAAUAAAACACAGUGUCAAGAGUCUAUAUAAAUAAUUCCCCUGUGUAAAGAAUGGAGGAUCUAUCACAGCUAUAUGGGAACCUCUGUCCCUCCAAACAUUGCUGAAUUAAUCAUCCUAUGCUUCCUGGGGUUCAUGUAGCUCAGCAACAUGAAGGGCCAGAAAUUCCCCACACCUGGUCUAUCCUUACUUAAUAUAAUUCAUUAACACAACCUUGCAAAUUAGCUCCCAAAAGUUAAUCUAAUGCUAAUCUGCAGGAAAUUGUUACUAGUUCACUUGCACCCCAAACAACAGUUUGAAAAAUCAGUUUUGUUUCACAGUACAAAUGCUGUUUACCUUGUCACUUCAGUGAGAUUUUCAUGCAUCACAAGCAACCAAAUGAAUGGUUUCAGCCUUGUUUCAUUAGUGCCAAAAAAGAGCAAUUUUAUUUUACACACCUUAAAUACUAUUCACACAUGGCAGUAAGAUGUGUUUUUUUGUGGGAAGUCUUAUCCUUUUAUACUGGUGUCCUAAUUUACAGAUGAUGAUUGCAUUAAGAUGAAGCAUGGCGAGUUAUGUUAUCACUUUCAAAUGGCUCCAAAACGUUAAGACAGUUGGUGGGAAAUGGGAUUUUAGAAGUUCAAUCUUAAAGUGAGAUUUAGACUUAAAAAAGAAACUGCUUUCAGAAGAAGGUUUGCCAGAGAGUGUAAAAGUGAAAGAGAAAGACAGCAAGAGGAGGAGGAGGAGAGAGAGAGAGAGAGAGAGAAAGAAAGAAAGAGGACAGGAGUGGAAGUAGAGAAAUGAUGCCUGCUUGACUUCCUUCUGAUGUCACAAUCCAUCGGCUCUCUAACAAUAAAGCAAACCAUGACAACUGCAGAAGGACAAGCGAGGAGAAAAGGAGGUGAGACCAUUUUGAUUGCUGAAUAUUUCAACUCAUAGGUACAUAGCAAACUUUUGAAAAUGUCUCCUUGAACGUGAUUGUAGGCAAACAAGGGGACAGGUGAGCUGUCGAGAUCCAAAGGCCACAAAAUGCAUUCCUGUAUCUGAAAGGCCACUUGGCCUAUUGGGCCAGAAGCCUCUGGGCUUCAUCCGAUGUUUGUGUCAGGGUUGCGAAGUGACUGCUCCAUGAAGGCAAAGAGAAAUGGCCUAAAGAACUGGCUUUGUGCUGCCUUCUCAAAGCUAUUAAUCACAGGCUUCAGAAGCCGCCUUCUUUCCCACUGCCUAGCGGCAGAGAGACAGCCUUAUAAAUAAAGCCCAGAACCUGGUUUUAUCUGGUUUUGCCAUUGCAUACUCUAAUGUCGGGACGCGGGUAGCGCUGUGGUCUAAACCACAGAGCCUAGGACUUGCUGAUCAGAAGGUCGGCGGUUCGAAUCCCCCGACGGGGUGAGCUCCUAUUGCUCAGUCCCAGCUCCUGCCAACCUAGCAGUUUGAAAGCACAUCAGAGUGCAAGUAGAUAAAUAGGUACCGCUCUGGCAGGAAGGUAAACAGCGUUUCUGUGCACUUUCUGGUUCGCCAGAAGCGGCUUAGUCAUGCUGGCAACAUGACCUGGAAGCUGUCUGUGGACAAAUGCUGGCUCCCUUGGCCUAUAGAGCGAGAUGAGCGUGCAACCCCAGUCAUCUGCGACUGGGCCUAAUGGUCAGGGGUACUUUUACCUUUACCUUUACUCUAAUGUCAUAACCUGCCCUGGGUCCCUUAGGGGGAAGAGUAAGAAAUAUUACAAAUAAAUAAAUAAACCAGGGUGGCCUGCUUUACAGGGGACAGUCCUCUAGCUCUCAUCCAUUCAAAGAGCUGCCUGGCCCAAAGAUAAAGAGCCCUCAGAAGGGAGAGCAGGGUUGAAGUUGCAAAUAGUUUCUAUGCAUAUAAAUUAGCACAUGCAUUUUUUAAAAAAAUUAGUUUUCCAAUAUACCCCCAAUAUUAGCCAAAUUAUAUGAAUAACAAUUAAUUCCCAAAUUAUACAAUUAUCAGUAUGCCAAUCAACUUCUAAUUAAUACACUUUAGUUAAAGUGGCUCCCCGCAUGGUGGUUUGGGUUCAUUUCCAAUCUUAUAUCACUGCGUUCCAUGAACUUAAUUCAUGUCGGUUACAUUUCAGUUAUAAUAAUAAUCCCUUACUCAACUGCUACAUAAUGAAUUCCAUUUGUGAUGUUAUGAUAUAUAAAUUUAUAAAGCUUUGAGUGAGGAACUCAAACUAUUAACUUUAUUCUGCCCUGCAUGUGAAAACUGUUAUGUCCAUGGAGAUUCCUUCUGUCCAUGUAUGAUGAUGUCUCUUUCACUUACCAGCUGUUGUUUUCUCCCAUCGUGGCUUGGGGCGGAACUGAAUCUCAAAGAUUCUCUGAGAUCUUAUCUCUCCAUCCCUUGCUUCGAUGUCUCAGAACACGCAACAGUGUGCUAGAAACCAUUCUGUCUCACUAGUAAAACAUGUCGCAGAUCCUCACCAUUUCCCCUUCAGCCUAGGAAAAGGUGGGCUGCCUUCAUUAUGGCAGGCAGGACCAGAAGCGAUACAACACAGGUGGCUACCCUAAUGGUACAAAGUAGUAUUGAGACCGGGGAGACCCACAUUUAAAUCCCCACUUGGCCUCAAGCUCACUCUCUGCUAGGAUAAAAAAGGGGGGGGGGACCUUGUACACUGCCCUGAGUUCCUUGGUGGGAUAUGUGGGGUAAAAAAAGGUGAUUAACAAGUAAAGUAGCUCCAACCUCCCGCCAAGAGACCAGGAAAUAGCUCAGGGGAAGACUUCAUUGAUCCUUGUCCCCACCCCCACCCCCACCCCGCUCUAGUUGGUUCUAGCUGCUGGCCAAGGAACUGAUUGAAAGGGAUGUCAACUUUCACGUCAAACUGUCAAACUGUCAAACUGUACAGUACUCCUGAUAAUAGUGCUAAUAUUUCAAGGUUUAAUGGAAAGGAAUACUGUUUGUAAUCUAUCCAGCAGUUUUUCAAGAGAAGAAAUACCAAGGACUCGACCUGCUCUGAUGAGUCAUUUAUAUUCCCCCCUACAGAAGAGUAAAUAGUUGCUGACAGGUUAAUCUUAUUCCUGUCAUUUCUCUUUUUAGAAGCUCUGUUGAAUUUCCAUGGGAGAGGUUUGGGUAGCCAUAAAUUGUGCUAAAUCCUCCUAGGAGUUUUUCUGCUUGUCAGUAUUAGGGAACUGAGGUCAUUGGAGAAGCAGAAACCCGUCCAAAAUACUACCAUCCUAAUAGAUGCAUUAUUUUCAUAAACAGCAGCAUUUAAGGUGGCAAGUAAAAGCUUUAGUGAGGAAUAUAUUUUGUUAUCAGAGAAACUGUCAUGGAACUCAAGUCCUUGUGGGCAUUGUGGCUUUUUAUAAUAAAUCUUUAUUUGGCUGGUGGGAAAUGUUUUGGAGGAAUCUUGGGGCCUGAGAAAAACCCACCAGCAACCUCUCUCUCUUUUUUUGUAUCUGUUAGUAUGUUUUCACUGCAGUCUAUAAGACUACCUUAAAUUAUACCACCUGAAGGCAAGGUAGGUCAUUGGCGUUUUUUAGAGUCAAUGAGGUCAAAUUCUGGACCUCCAAAUUCCAGACCUCCAAAUUUUGGAGGAAGAUGUGAGAACGGGACUCUACAUGUGUACAUCUAUAUUGUUGCUGUUGGCCAUCCUACUUUCAGCUGAAAAAGGCUCCCAGUGCAGUCUAUAAAUAUAAAUGAUAAGACAGUCCCUGCUGUCAGGUCCACACUCUUAGAGACAUGACACAAAAGGAAAGGGGACAGGGAGGAAGAAGAGGAAAAAGCAAGCCCAGUCAUUAGGAUUUAGGGCAGGACUGAGUAAAGGGGAGGAUGCUUGAAAGUGCCCUACUGUGUAGGCACCAUAUACGUGGAUCAGGAAACCUGGCUGCCCUGGGAAAACAGCUGUCCAUGUGUAGAGGCCCCAUUCUCAUCUUCCUCCGAACAUGCAAGGAGCAAGGCCGGUGAGCAGCAGCCAUCUUCCAAUGUGUUCAGUAUAGGUGUGUUGGGGAAGAUGACUACACAGCUGCCCGUGGUCCGUAGCUCAGCUCUGAGCUCAACAACAGAACACAAAGCCUGUCCACAAAUCACCUAACAGAAAUAAGUAGCAGCAGUAAAGAUGGGAAUGGCUGCAGUUCAGUUGCUCUCGAGUGAGCCUCAGGGACAAACAGUAGGGCAUGGGAAGAUAAUUCUUGGGAGUCUGCUAGGGCAGGAUCAUGUUGGUAACACAAAGUGUUACAUUCUGGUCCCGCAUGAAGAGAUGUCACCAGCAGCAAAUAUCAACGAUGCAACCCGCUUUGGUGGAAGCAGCCAAACCUUCAUUGAGGAACACAGGAAUGUCAAAUAAACCUCAAUAAAGUCCACAGUCAGCUAAACCAGGUUUGCUCCACUGAGAGACUGGAAGCUAUUUUUAUCCGGUAAUUGGCACAUGCCUUGCUCUUCUGGGCCUUUGGUUGUGCUUGUUAUUCUUGUAAAAACUUUUCUUUUUUACAAACUUCAGUUUAGUUACAAUUCGCUUUCAGUUAACAUUUCUAUUUUCUUAUACAUGAGAUGCUGUUUGGCACCGAUGACAAAGAAACCCCUGUACUUUAUUUGCUUCCCCCUACACACACCUAUGAGGAUCGCAUCCAAGAAUAUGAUGCUAAAAGAGACGUUGGUAGAGUGGGGCGCAUUAAAUAUACUUCCAGGAGAUCCACAAGUGCUGUCCCCCAUUAGCACCCACAGUCGUAAACCCCCAGGAAUACCAGUAGAAAAAGUGAAGAAGGAGAGAGAGAAGGUUGGUGGGAUGGAGAGAGAGGUGGGUUUGCAGCAGGAGUGUAGUCUCAAAGUGGAGCUAAGAGUGACGUCGCUUAGACAACAUCCCACUUUAGUGGGGCCAUAGCUCAGGGCAGGGCAUAUGCAGCGCACCAAAUAUUCUAGGUUCAAAUCCAUUAAAAAGAAAUAAAAAUCUCAGGGCUGGAAAGGGCCUCUGCCUGAUAUCUUGGAGAGCUGCUCAAAGUUAGACCAACCAAAUACUCUCUAUCUUUACAUUGGUUGCUUCCAGACAAGGGGCUCUUGAGUCCUAUUCCCUCAUUAUGCUUCUGUUGUAAGCUACAAGUGUGACUUUUUGCACUAUAUGAUUGCACUUCUUUACAUGCACAUCCCACUAUGUCUCAUCCACACCUGUGGGCGGGGCAUAGUCCCUGUGGGCGGGGCCUUUUGAGGCUUGGCACACAUGCGCUCUGAUUCUGGUGCUGGGCACCUUUUUAUGAACUUGUUUAUUAUUUUUAAUUGAUCUUUUAAGUAGUGUUUGAAUGCAUUCUCUGCAGUAUUUUUAUAGCGCUAUAACACCCUAAUAAUGCAUUUUUUUAAUGACGAGGGAAAAGCUUGCCUUAGUAAUGUGGUUAGUGGCAGUGAUCAGAAAGGUAUCCUUUAAUGAUUUAUUGGGGGUGGGAGCCGAACACCCUAACAGACUGGUGUUGCAGCACCAUCCCUCUUCUUCAUGAAUAUCUAGUUGGGAAAGCAUUUUGGCAUUAUAGGGUUAAAAUAAACAGGGUCAUGGAAUGGCAACAGUUGCAAAGGUUAUCAUUAGCAUGCACUUUUCUGAUACGCCACAGCCCAUUGCCCACAUUAAAAUGCUGCCCUUUUAAAAACACUCUUCCAUUCUUCAGGGGGGAAAAGUUGGGCUUUGUGAGGUCUGAGAGUUAAGAAGAGGAAGAACCGCAAGGAAAAAUUCAGUGUGACAGUGACUGGAUGACAGUAUUGUGAGGAUGCCCUGUAAAAAGUUCUGCACUAAAUGUGAGACAGGCAAUGUGUGCAGAACAGCAGGGCACUUCUUGCUUAAAAGAGCUUCAGGGAGUAGUCUCAACUCCGGCAGCUUGAAUUGGUUGACCAUUAUUUCCUUCAUUUAUCUUUGCUGUUGUUAUUAAAUCCCAGGCGCCAUCGUUGCCCUCAUAAUCCCACCAGGAUUUAUGACCGUGUAGGGGAGUCGACCCUCAUAACGGAAUACGUGGACAAAUAUCCUCUCUAUGGCAAUAUCCCUCCUGCCCAGAGCCUCAAGCCCAAGCAUGAGUAUCACACGCACGGAGGGAAAAUGGAAGGCAUCACAACUUUCAAGUAAAUAUUUUUCAGUGCUGGAUAGACUUUGGGGCUACCAAGGCAUCACAGGGAGAAGACAGAGGGAGGGAUUAGUCAGAUUUUGCUCAGGGGAAGCAUUUGAUCAAAAACUGAGUGGUAAAGAAAUUGACCAAUUAUUAUUAGGGCUGUAGCUUGAUUUAAGAAAUCACAGCUGACAAUCUCUAGUUUUCAUAGGUCCCUGAAAUAGAAAUAAUAUACAUUUUUUAUUCAAAAUAAUUCAAAUUAUUCAAAUUCAAAUAAUUCAAAUAAUCAUGGCCACCAUUUUAAUUGCUCCAAAUGUUGUAGCCCUAAACAGGCCACAAUAGCUUUCAAAUUGUUUGGGUUUUUUUAAAUACUGUAAGCUCAGUAUUUUUAGUUAUAUUCAUAGCUGUUGGCUAUUUAAACCCAGUGCUUUAUGCUCCCCCCCCUCCAGGUCUGACUACCUUCCAUACGAUGUUGCAAAUCGGCCUGUCCGGGUUCCAGCGGAGUGCAAACCAGUAACUGGAGAGAUGGACAUGGGAACCACUUACAGAAGAGAUUAUAAUGCUCACAAAAUAAACCCCGUGAUAAUAGUAAAGCCUGUAGAGAGGAAAUACAAGAGAGAAGGCAAAGUGAAUACCAUACCUACUUACCAAGGUAAUAACACACAGCACUUUUCACAAAGUGAAGCGACGGGCAGAGUGGUGGCAUGCCAUAUGGCCAUGCUGGAGAGGUGAUGGUGGACUUGGCUGCUGUGAUGCUGUUCAGGUGAAAUGAGGGAGUCUGUUGGCAGUGGACUCUUGUUAAGUCUAAUAAAAUGCACACUGUCGGCAUCAUCCAUGGGCUUUGGAGGCAAAAGCUUAAUAUCCUGCUUUGGCUAAGGCAAAAAGAGAGUCCUAAACUAGUUUACUCAUUGAGUUCAGUGGCGCUAACUAUCCAUCGCUUAGGAUUGGCUAGCCUUAAACCAUUCCCUUUGCUUUGGGAGAUGCUGUUGUACCUAUCCGUGUAUCUUGGUGACACUAGACUCUAACCCAGCCCCACUGGGAUCAGCUGCACUAAGGAGUUCCCCGUUGAGAAUUGCAGCCAAGCUGAUUGCUGCUAUUACAGCCAGCGAGCCCCACUUUGUCCAGUCCAAACCACACCUACAAACUGACUUCAAAGGACCCUGUUUACCUGUCAAAGUUGGCCCACAAAGGAUGGAGAAUUAAGGUGCUGGCUAAUGUACCAGAUCUAGUCCCUCACACCUGCAGUAGAGAUCUCUAAUAGAGAAUUCUCAGCACCUUCACCAAAUUAUAAUCCUCAGAAUUUAUUGAGGGAAGCCAUACCCUGAUUUAAAACUGAUAUAGGUAGCAUGGGUAUUCCUUUACUUACCAGUUUCUGGCCCAGAGUGGUUGAAGGCAAUCAAAUACAUGCCUACAGGUGCCCUAAGUAUGUUGGCAGGGUGACACACCACUCAAACAGACUGCAACCAAUCUAUGCUGAGGCCAAGGCUAUCAAAAAUUAACAACCAUAGCAAAAUUUGUUAGCUUAAUGCUGUUUUUGUCUUAAAGCUGACUAUAGGGUCUGGGAAGUUCAAAGAAGGGAGACCAACAAAGUGGAGAACGCCUACCAACUUCCCACUGAAAAGUUUGGGAACAGCACCACAUUUCAAGAUUCCUUUUUCCCAAGGGAAAUCUCCCUCCGAAAAAGCUUUAAGCCCACUGUUGUGACCAAGCUUUCAGAUCAGCCUUUUACCAGUGUUACAAGUCAUCGCAGCGAUUAUGUUCCUCAUCAGCUGGAGCCACAACUGAAGGUGUCAAAAGAAGAAUACAAGCCCAAUAGCCAACCCUUUGUAGACACCACAACACACCGCUGUGAUUUUAGAGGGCUUGUUGGCGAACUUCCAAAAAGCUUCAAGCCUGAACCCUCUAAAGUGGAGGUGAAGGCUCUUUUUGAUGGAACCACAGAAUUCCGCGAUCGUUUUCAACCAUGGGCCAUUUCCUUACCUGAAGUUCACAAAGCAAAAGAGUAUGUUCCACCCACAGGCAACAUGGAGUUGACCACCACGAGCCACCUUGCUUAUAUUCCACACGACAUCAAUCCAGCUGUCCUCAUGAGACCAGUAGAAAGGAGCAGGAGAAAUAAUGCCCCCUUUCAAGGGAAUACAACAAUGAGAGAUGCCUUUCAGGCUUGGGAUACCCAUCGGCCAGAAAUUGUCAAGAAGUCCCAGGAUAUUCCAAAGGCCUCUGGGAAGUUUGAUGGCAUGACAACCUUCAGAGCUCACUAUAGACCACACAACAUAGUCCUGACUCAGAGUUGCAAACCUUCAAAGAUGGCCCUAUCUAGUUCAGCACCUUUUACAGAUGAAACCUUGUACCGUACAGAAUAUACGCCAAAGAAACAAGAGGUCUGCCCAGCAACCUAUCCAUCCCCUCCAGGAUAUGUCUUUGUCAACACUGAUUCUCAUGGUCACAAAUUCUUCCGCAGAGUUUCACCAGACGUCAGUAAGAUUGCUCAUGCAAAUGGUAAUCAUCUUCCAAAAGAAAUAGCAGUUGUAUCCUAACUCCUAAUUCUAAUAGUUUGCACUAAAGUGUUCCGAAAAUUAUCAUGCAGUGGUCAGAGUAUUACAUUAGCUCUAACCAUUCUAAAUAAGCCUACUGAUUAUAAGAUUUUUUUGGAGUGAUCUGAGAACUAAUUUUUACAAGUUUAUAUAAGUAAAAUUUGUGUCAAUAUUUCUGUGGAAUCUCUUUUCUUCAACUGUAUUACAAGACAACUGUUCAUUUUAACAAGAUGGGUGAUUUUCUGGCAAUAUUUUGAUGAUGCAUUUUAAUAUGAUUACCUGAAUAGGACUGUGCACUGUUCUUACGUACAGCAAACAAAAUUGUCCUGGCUCGCUUCCUUAAAAUAUGUUCAAAGGGGUUGCAGCUAACAAGCAGAAUGUGAAAGUUCCAAGUUGAAUUCUUGGUGUUUCUUUUUGAAGGAUCUUAACAGUGCAGGACUGAGAUAUCGCUCUUCCCCAGACCUUGGAGAACCCCUACCAGCUUCAGACAAAAUGAUUUGGCUAGCCAGGUCAACAGUCUGGUUCUGUAUAAGCCAGAUGCUAAAGAUUACAGUUUGCUGCUGCACCAAGUAGCAUCACAAAACACAUUUUGCACUAGUUCAACAUGUUUAUUGUAAUAGAAUCAUAGAAUUGGAAAGGACCCUGAGAAUCAUUUAGUCCAAUCCCCAGCAAUGCAGGAAUAUGCAGCUGUCCCAUACCAGGACAGCUUAGUUGGAUGCUGUUUGGGCUACCUCCAUAUGUGUGUGUAUGUGCGUGUGUUUUUAAAUUAUGGAGGCUUGCUAGGAUCAUAAGAACUUCCACUUUGGAUUUUCAAGAUAUUUCAGCAUGUAUUACCAGGCCCUACAAAACCACAUUGGUAGAAUUUAGUAUUAAGAUGUUUAGCCACAUGUGAACAUUUUUUUUGCUGCACACCUCAACAAAGGAUGGUCUGGGACUGUUGGCAUCAUGUAUUGUAAGCCAAUAUAUAAAACCAAUCCAGCUCAAACUAUGUCUCAUUGGAUAACAUAGGGCUUCAAUAUAUUUAUUUUACCAUAUUUGUAUAGGCAGCUCCCCAUUUGUGCGGUAUUUUGCAUUCCGAGGUACUGCGCACACUGGCGGGACAGGAAAGCCCGCCCUGCCAGCCUUCCAGUGUCAAAAACGGCAUGUGAAUCAGUGGCCAUUCGCAUCCCAAACACACACAAAUGGGGAGUUGCCUGUAUACUACUUUUCAGCUGUAAUGGUCCUCAAAGUGGCUCACAAUACAAGAAUCAGAUUUACAGGCAGAUGGCACUGCCCUCACAAGAACAGAUCUGGAAUACUAGGUGCUGCCAAUUUUUAUGAAACGAUGGCACCAUGUGGUUCCUGGCUCUGUGCUCCUGGAACGCAGAGGGUGGCAAAGCAGGGUUGGGGUAGACAUUGGGGUGGUGAUAUUCAUCUAAGUCCUCUUUAUUACAUCAGGUACUCUUACUGCUGCAUUGAGCAGAUGGCAUUAAUAGCUACCAGCCCUUGUUGUUAACUUGUUUUGUGGUAUCAGUGGGAGGUGCAGUAGAAUUCUAGGGAUGUUUGUAUUCAGUAACAAGUCCCACUGUGCUCAGUGGGGCUUAUUUCCAAGUAAAAGUGUGUAAGAUAAUAGUCGUAACAAUGAGUAACUUCAAUUGGAUUUGGGUCUGGGUUGGGAAGCUUUUUCCAGAUUAUUUGAAUCUAUUUCACCUUAAUAUACAUGUAUGCUUCGGCAUAUGUAUAUUACUAAAUUUAUGACAAGAUUGCAUUUCAGAGUAUGAUUUCAGUUUUGAUAGGCCUGUAAUUCAAGUUGUAAGAUUGGUGCCAAUACUUUGAGCUAUUGCUCCAGUGAAUGCUUCACAUUGUUUUCAUUCUCACUGAUUGUUUCUUACCUGCGUGUUGCCUUGUACUCAUUAUUUUAGGGAAACCAUUUUAUGAUUGAAGUGUCAUGUAAUCCCACGUACUGUAUCCCCAAACUACCAAUUCAGAGAUCGAGAUCAAGAACUGAAUGGUGUCAAAAGAACACAAUAAAUCAUCCAAAAAAGGAGAGGAAAAACUCCGAACCGCUGGGAAUGUUUGUUUUGUAUCACUCCCAUAUGGUAUUCUUGGUAUUCUCACAGAUCAAACUGAGACCUAGAGCCUGAUACUUCUUCAUCCUAUGUAAAUUUAAUGCUCUAGAAUUGGGGGGGAAAUCAAAUUAAAAACAAAAGCUUUCUACUGCG